AUGGCGGCUAAUCGAUGUCAGUGGCGCAGAAGAGGAGGAAUUCACCCACUCAACCCUGCACUGACGAUGCCACCUCGAUUGGUGAUGAAACGUUUGCAAUCCAACUGCCAAGCUCGGCGAACAGACCAACAACCAAAAAUACGAUUAAAUGAUAAGUUUUACUGUUGGGAAACCCACACGCGCUUACCACUUUCCUUGACCUUGGUCUUGGACAGUACUCAGCCUUUCAUGAUUUCAUCACUGAAG